CGUGGACGGAGAGCCGGGAGUGCCGGGACAGCGGUGCGGUAUUACCGCAUUUGCCGCUGUUUGCCGCGGUAGAUAGUCCGCGCUCGCGGUAGCGCUCGCGUUCACGUUUGGAAAAUGGCCGACCACAGAGACCGAGACUAUUACACGCAGACGGAUCUGCGUUCCAAGAACGACGAUCCGCCGAACUCGCGCCUCUUCGUCAUCUGUCACAAGAGUCUCGAGGAGGACGAUCUCAGGAAAGCGUUCGAGAAGUUCGGCAAGAUCGAGGAUAUCUGGGUGGUUAAGGAUCGAAUCACGGGCGACAAUAAAGGUGUCACAUACAUCAAGUUCUCUAAAACAUCAGAGGCGGCGUUUGCUCUGGAGGAGAUGAAUGGCAAGAUGCUGGGCUCUGUGGGCAGAGCUAUCAAAGUGAUGAUCGCCUCAAAUCGGGAUCAGGGUUCUGUGCGGGAGACGAAUGAAGAGGAGAGGUGGGUUCGCUUAUUCUGUGUAUUACCGAAAACAAUGACUGACAGUGAGCUGCAACAGGAAUUCUCCAAGUUCGGUGCGAUCGAAUACGCGACUGUUGUGAAGGAUCGCAGUACGAACGAAUCCAAGGGCUUCGGCUAUGUCAAGUUCAAGAAGGUGUCUAGCGCGGCGCGGGCGUUCGAGGAGUGUGACAGAAAGUACAAAGCGGUGUUCGCCGAGCCGAAGAAGCCGAAACCCGAUCACAACGAGGCCAAGUACAAUAAUGGACUGUCUAGUUCCGCGUACGAUGGUAGUAGCAGUAGUAGUUACGCCUCCUCAAACUUUGGCAAGAGCAGUAUCAGCCUGGAGAUUGCUACUAACUAUGCCAAUUCGGAAGGCUACACGCGUCUGCAGGUGAUCGCACAUCCAGCCCUGAAUCAGGACCAACUGUGGAAGCUGUUUGACAUCGUGCCAGGGAUGGAUUACUGUCACUUGAAGACCGACGUGAGAUACAGGAUGCCACGCGGUCAAGCGGUGGUGGUAUACAAUAAUCCGAGCGCGGCAGCAUACGCGCGUGAGAAAUUCCACGGUUUCGAGUAUCCACCUGGUCAUCGAAUGAUCGUCAAGCCGGACUUGACUAGCGUGCCGCCGAAGGGCGCGUCGAAACCUGGCGGUUCAACAGCCGGCAGCGUCGCUAGUGCAAGGACGGAUCUAGUACAUUUGGCGGAAACCAUUGCUCAAGCUACAUCACUCAUUCAAGCUGCAGGUCUGACGGCACCGAGCUUAGACCACAUAUCCGUAAAGUUACCUCCGGUACAACCGAUGGCGAGUAUAGACGCUGAAGUUGCCAAGAGAUGUUUCAUCGUAUGUGGCCCACCGGUGCCGCCUAUUUACGCUAUGAAGGAUGCAUUUUGUAGGUUUGGGAAUCUUAUAGAUGUAUAUAUGUUACCCGGCAAGAAUUGUGGAUACGCGAAAUACGCCAGCAUUAGCAGCGCGAAUGAGGCCAUUGAGGUCCUGCAUGGUCAAGAGAUCUGUGGUUCCCGGCUGAAGGUACUCGAGGCAGAGGAACGAAACGUCGGCGAGGAUCGGCGGAAACGACUACGAAUGGAUGAGGACGAGAAUUGAACGUGUUCUAAUAAAAAUGCGUAUCUCACUGACUGGUAUACACAAGCCGGACGCACGCAACAAAAAGAGACGAAUUUAAAGACUACUACUCACUUGACCACAUCAAGGGCCUGCAUCCAGGGAAAACUACUCCAACUACCUACCUAUAUAUAUUUAACUAUUCGCUUACGUUCGCGCAGCUGCAACUCUCUACGUUACUGAAACCUUUAACUGCUACUCUACUACUAUUACUUUUUAUCCUCUUACAUGUCCGUUUCACACACGAUACGUUUGCGCGCGCGGACGACCCGAUUUUCUGUUACUUUAAGAGGCCUGUGCGAACGGCCGAUGUCGUUGAGUGCCUAUUCUCUGUGUAUGCCUAUUACCCGUAUGAAAAGCGCUCUUUCCACAUCUGAAAUUGUGGAAAUGUACUUUCUUCCUUCAGACAUUGCGAGGCUUGGAGGAGGCAAAGCACGCGUACAUUGACGAGGUACAUAGGACUGAUUUGUCUCCCAGAUUGUUUCUCGCAUAUAUAUAUUUUUUUUUAUCCUAAUCUUUUAAUCUUUAGCUUUGCACUUCUUCGAAAUGAUUAAUAUUAAUAUAUUUUCGACACUUAAAGGGUGCGUUCGAAGUAUUAACACGAAACAUCUUAAACGUUUUAAAUCCAACAUUGAUGAUUGUGAGAAAUCCACGAGGACAAUCAUGGCUCUGAUUAUCUGCGCGUUCGCAUAGGCUUUUAGGUGUAACUUAUGCCUUAGGUUUAACAAAGAGACCUUUAAUUUAUGAUUAAAUUUCUGUACUUUUCUUUUAUAGUUAUAUUGCGUGCAGAAAAGAAGCAAUAAUUUGUACUUUAUACGUUAUUGACAACUUUUACAAUAAGUUAAAAUUAUUGCGGACAAAAGUAAUUCCAAAACAAGAUUAU